UAUGGUGUGUGUUCGUGCAGCAAAAAAAAAAACACAACAGCACACCCACGCACAUCCACACAUACCUGUAGGUGUAGUGCGUUUUCUUAGCUGCGUAAUCCCCCCUUUCUCCCCUUUCGAAACUCAAAGGAAAAAAACCAAGAGCAUGGAAGGGAAAGCCUCGGACCAGGGGCCGUCGCAAAGGUUCUCCCUUUCCCCCGGAGAAGCCCUGCUAUGUUAUGACCCUAAGCAGCGCCACGCGAGGCUACAGGACUUCAGAGCGGAGGAAACACGCCCGAUGUUGGCGAAUAGAUACUUCAGCGUAGACAACGCGGAGUUAUGGAAGCCGUCCCUGUUGCAAUCCUUCGGCGGGACUUGCCACCGCGCCACGUACGUCAAUGACUUUCACGUGCUGCUAUGCAACCGCCGGCUCGUUCUCGUCGACAGUAAUGGGCGACACCUCACAUUUCCACCAUUUGAAGAGCCUCUCAACGACGCCUAUGCGGAGAGAAUUUCGGAGCACUGCGUAUUGGUAAUCGUCGCACUGACGUCCGAAGUUCACGUUGCCCUCAUUAGCGACGGCGAAGGACAGAGGACCGAUAUGCUACAGAGUGUUGCGUGCCGGACAACGUUUCCCGUAGCCCGGAUUCAUCACUUCAAGAAAGGCCUUUACGGCUUGUGCUGCGACAACUGCACGUUGGAGAGUUUGUCCAUCAAGCUCCGCAACGCGCGAUCGCUGCAUCCCCAGCUCGAAGCCAACAUCUUGGCGAGCCGGUGGGAACUGGCACAAGUGGCGCUCGACUAUGUCUCGAAGGAGCGGUACGUCCACAGCUUCUUCGAUCAUUACAAGGGUUACCUGCUGCUGCUGUCGAAUUCUCGGCUGCUCCUGUGGAUGUACCGCGACGAGAGUCAUAUGCGUCUCGAGAGCUCUCUGAACGUCUCGAGAAUCUCCGCCGCCGCGGUCGUGGCUCCGCUUGCAGAGCAAGACGAAGAGGAGCAGAUCGCCGUGCUCAUCACGAGCAGCGGUGGCCGCGUACCUCUCUAUUUGGUAUGCGACCUUCGCAAACCUCUCAAGGGUCCGACGCUUGCCUUUGGCGAAGUCAGCAACCUCCCUAAAGGGGUGGCGAAUGCGUCCGUAUCGAUGGUUACCUCCUGCGGCACCAGCCUCCUCAUAGCGGACCAAGCAACCGCCUCGCUGGUGCUGUCCACGCAAUGCGAGCUUUUCUGUGAAGCGUACCGCAGCCCCAUUAGCCGUGUCGUUUCUCAGCUUUUUCUCGGAAAGCGAAUCUGCGGCGUGGGUGCAAGGCGACGCAGCGGUGACGACGGUGAUUUUGUGACGUUUUUUGUGUACUGCGGUGACUCCACCGUCGUGCUAAUUCGCCGCGUGCCGCGCGGGCAGCUGCUUCAGCGCCAGUUCUCCGCCUCCGCCACGAACGGCAUUUCUGCGCUCCGCUUGCUAGACCCUGUCACGCGCGUGGAUGUGCUCCUGGAUGCCGCCUUGGGUGGCUUGUCGCUGCAGCACGUGUCGGACUGCCUGAAUCCGCUGCUGCUACCGCGCGAGGCGACUCCGAACGUGGCUGAGCUGUCCGACGGCGCCAAGGGCAUUGUGCGUCACACGAUGCGCAACCUGGGCGAGCUGUCGCGGCUCUGUUCCUCGUUUCAGUACUGGCGCCUCUCUGAGGAGCUGACCCAGUCUCGGUCGAAGCUGGAAAAGUGCUGCGACCUGCUCACCAAAGUCCUCCACUGCGACGGGUGGCUCGACUGCCCCCUCGGGGAGAACUGGAAGUGGAGCAGCAACUUUGCUGUCGCACUGCCCAGCGAGAACGCCAGUAGCAGAAGAUCUGCUCUCAACGCACAGGCCGAGCUGCUGCAACUGCUUCUGACUUCUCUCAGGAGCGCUGCCACCAUCGCGUGGUUGUAUGAGAUGAUGCUGCAGAGCGAUCUCACCUACCGUUUCCCCGGUCGGCUGGAGGACAUGCUGUGGAAGGGCGACCCGUCGGCGAUCGAGACCACCUUCUGCAUGGAUCUGCUCGCAUUGAGCAACAAGGAGGUGACAGAUAAGCUCAUCCAGAGCAGGCAGGAGCUGCCGCAGCGCUGCCGCCUUGCCGCCACGCUUCUCUCCCUCGUGCUGGCCGACUCCUUUGACAGGGUCACCGCGUACGUGCGAGAGCACAUUCUCGACAUUGCCCGCUGCGAUUUGCUGGCCUACACCAACGAAGUCAUCGAGACCCACUUCCCCGGCUCCCAGUCGCGUCUUCUCCUGUUGGUCUACUACUACCCCCACCACCGCAGCGCCUCCUCCGACAUUGUCGCCCUCGUGGAGCGCAUCGCGUCUGUGGAGCUCCUCCACCGCACGCUGUCCGCCAUCCUGCACGACCCUGCCUGCGACGACGAUCUCACGGCUGUCCUGCUCGACUGGAUGGAGAGCCACUCCCUCGCGGACAGCCGCAUCCCCACCUUUGCCCAGGUGGUUGUAGAGGCGAACCUCAACGUGGACCCCGCCCACACCCUCGCCGGGCGGUUCUUCUCGUCCUGCAAGCAAGAGACCGCCGGGCACGGGCAGCAGGCGUCGUUCCGCUUCGGCGAACUGGCACGCAGCGAGCUUGCCGUCCCCCUGGCCGGCCGUCUUCUUUCUGCGGAGCAUGCCCUGCAGGCCACGCCAUCCGACGUGGACCGCGUCACCCAGUUUGUUCUCUUGCUGCAGCAGCAACUGGCGAACUUGAUCGACGAGCACCUGCAAAACGGCAAAAAUCUUUUGUUCACACGCAGCAGCAUCGAGAAUGAUCUGGCGCUGCUGCGGGAGCACUACCUCGGCGAGAACCGUUUGUUUGAGCUCUCGGGGCGGUACAAAGCGCUCGGCGGGUGCAGCAUUCAGCUGGACUUGCUAAAGAUCCACCCGGACUCCGCUCCGUUCGCCAUCGCGAGCGCCAUCACUGGCGUCCUCACGUUUCUCACGGCGGUUGGGUUGCCGGCGACGGAAGCCGUGCGUCGCGUGCUGCGGGAGUACCUGGACAGCUUCCAAGCCCCGCUGCCUCUUUUUCCUUUCGUGGAGUUUCUGGCGUUUGACGGGCAGUCCCCUUCCACGACCAUCCACGAGCUCGCCGCCGCUGGGGUGCAGCUACCGGUGCUGUUUGACACCUUCAUGAGCCUCCUGGACGGACACAACAACCCGCUCUUUCCCCUGCGGGAAACAGUGGCGGCGGUGGCGCAGCUCGUGCCAAAGAUCGAUAUGAGUGUGCAGCACAUCUGCGCAGCGCACCUGCUCGAGUGCAGCCGUAGCCUGCUGGAUGGCGAUCAACGCACCGUUUCGUUGUCAGACGAGGAUGAGGCAUUUUUGAAGGAGAUCGGUGACGAGAUGCGCCGACUAUCGCAGCAAACAAGCCGGUGA